AUGCUGAGGGUGCGGGGGGGCAGACGGGAGGCAGCUGACCUCCCGAUCCAGGAAGCUCCCCCAGGCCUGUGGGACGCUGGCCCCUGGGGACAGGAGGGCAAGUGGCUGGAGGCCUCCGGGUAUGGGCUCGGCCCCAGGCCUACGCAGGCGCAGACAGAGAAGCUCUGGCUUCGAGGUCAGGAGGGCACAGAGGAGCAGACAGAUAGGUGGCUGAGUGGCCUCUCCUCCUCCCGCAGGCCACGCACCAUGAGGGUCCGUGUGUGCCCCUGCCUCGGGGUCAGCCUCUGGCUGUGGCUGGGUGUCACCCUGGGACUCGGCCAGGGACAAGCAAGCGGCCGCCUGAGGCUGGCGGUGCUGCCUGAGGACCGGCUGCAGAUGAAGUGGAGGGAGUCGGAGGGGAGCAGCCUCGGCUACCUGGUGCAGGUGAAGCCCAGGGCAGGGGACCUGGAGCAGGAGGUGCUGCCGACUACCAAGGCCCCCCAGGCCGCGGUGGGGGGCCUGAGCCCCUCCCAGGGGCUCACCUUGCAGACCUUCGAGCUCACGGGCUCGGGGAAUGUCCUGCUGGCUCGGAGGCAGUUUGUGAUCAAAGAUUUGAAGAGUAACCCUGUGGGUGUGAGCGGCCGGAGGCCACUGGGGGCAGCCCUGGAGCCCACCCCCUCCCACGUGGGGAGCCCAGACCUUGGGCCGCCCGUGGCCUUGGCCCCAAGCCAAGGCCCUCCUUGCCCAGCCGGACCCCAGUUCCGCUGCGCGUCCCCCACACCCGUGGACGUGAUCUUCCUGGUGGAUGGGUCCUGGAGUAUCGGUCACAGUCACUUCCAGCAGGUCAAAGACUUCCUGGCCAGCAUCAUCGAGCCCUUUGAAAUCGGGCCAGACAAAGUCCAAGUAGGCCUGACUCAGUACAGCGGGGACCCCCACACCGAGUGGGACCUGAAUGCCUUUGGCUCCAAGGAGGAGGUGCUGGCCGCCGUGCGUGGCCUCCACUACAGAGGGGGAAACACGUUCACAGGCCUGGCCCUCACCCACGUGCUGGAGCACAACCUGAAGCCCGUAGCGGGUCUCCGUCCGGAGGCGGCCAAGCUGGUGAUUCUGGUGACGGACGGCAAGUCCCAGGACGAUGCCCGCACUGCUGGCCACGUGCUCAAGGGUCUGGGCGUCGACGUCUUCGCCGUGGGCGUGAAGAACGCCGACGAUGCUGAGCUGAGGCUCCUGGCGUCCCAGCCUCUGGACGUCACCGUCCACGGCGUGCAGGACUUGCCCCAGCUCGGCACGCUGGCCGGCCUGCUCAGCCGCCUCGUCUGCCGGGAGGUCCGGGGCAGGCGCCUGCGCGGGGGCCCAGUUACACCGGCCGCAGCCGCUCCGGCCCUGCACCCCCUUUCCGCUCCCACCGGCCUCGUCCUGACCCGGGUGACCUCCUCCAGCAUCCACCUGUCCUGGACCCCAGCCCCGCGGCCACCCCUCAAGUACCUAGUCGUGUUGCGGCCUUCUAAGGGCGGCGCCCCCAGGGAGGUGGUGGUGGAGGCGCCCACCUCGUCGGCAGAGCUGCACAGCCUGACCUCCAGCACGGAGUACCUGGUCUCCGUGCUCCCCGUCUACAAGGCCGGCGUCGGUGAGGGCCUGCAGGGCCUGGUGACCACAGCGCCCCUGCCCCCACCCCAGGCGCUGACCCUGGCCGCCGUGAUGCCCAGAGCCAUCCACCUCACCUGGCAGCCCUCGGCAGGGGCCACCCAGUACCUGGUGCAGUGCUCGCCCACCUCCCCCAGGGGCAAGGAGGAGGGGAGAGAGGUGCGGGUGGGGCAGCCAGAGGCGCUGCUGGAUGGGCUGGCCCCAGGCAGGGAGUACAAGGUGUGGGUGCAGAGCCUGCGAGGGGCAGAGACCAGCGAGGCCCAGAGCAUCCGCGCCAGGACCCCCGCCCUGGUCCCCCCCAGACACCUGAGCUUCUCGGACGUGAGCCAUGACUCGGCCCGAGUGUCCUGGGAGGGCACCGCGAGGCCUGUGCGCCUGUUCAGGGUCAGCUACGUCUCGAGCAAGGGCGGCCGCUCGGGACAGACGGAGGCUCCUGGGAACGCCACCGCGGUCACUCUGGGCCCCCUCUCCUCCACCACCUACACGGUCCGCGUCACCUGCCUCUACCCUGGGGGCAGGUCCUCCACACUGACUGGCCGCCUGACCACACGGAAGGUCCCCAGCCCGAGCCAGCUGUCGGUGACAGAGCUGCCAGGGGACGAAGUCCAGCUGGAGUGGGCGGCCGCAGUGGCGUCCGGUGUGCUUGUCUACCAGAUCACGUGGACGCCCGUGGGAGAGGGGAAGGCCCAUAAGAUCUCCGUCCCGGGGAACCUGGGCACGGCCGUCCUGCCCGGCCUGGGGAGGCACUCGGAGUAUGAGAUCACCAUGCUGGCCUACUACAGGGACGGAGCCCGCAGCGACCCCGUGUCCCUCCGCUACACCCCCCGUACAGUCAGCCGGAGCCCACCCUCCAACCUGGCCCUGGCCUCGGAGUCGCCCGACAGCCUGCGGGUCAGCUGGACGCCCCCGAGUGGCCAUGUCCUCCACUACCAGCUGUCCUACGCGCUGGCCUCAGGCUCGGGACCCGAGAAGUCGAUCUCCAUUCCAGGAGCCAGAAGCCAUGUGACUCUUCCUGACCUGCUGGCGGCCACCAAGUACCGGGUCCUGGUCUCAGCCGUCUACGGAGCAGGGAAGAGUGUGGCAGUGUCUGCCGCGGGCUGGACGGCCUGCCCGGCCCUCCACCCGGAUGGCUCCCUCCCAGGCUUUGACCUGAUGGCAGCCUUCGGGCUGGUGGAGAAGGAGUAUGCCUCUAUCCGUGGCGUGGCCAUGGAGCUCUCGGCCUUUGGCCCCGUCAGGACCUUCACGCUCUUCAAGGAUGCUCAGCUGACCCGCCGGGCCAGCGACAUCCACCUGGCCACCCUCCCCACGGAACACACAGUCGUCUUCCUCCUGCGCCUGCUCCCCGAGACGCCCCGCGAGGUGUUCGCGCUGUGGCAGGUGGCGGCCGAAGACUUCCAGCCCGUCCUGGGGGUCCUGCUGGACGCCAGCAGAAAGUCGUUGACCUACUUCAACCGUGACCCCAGGGCCACCUUGCAGGAGGUCACCUUCGACCUGCCCGAAGUGAGGAGGAUAUUCUUUGGGAGCUUCCACAAGGUGCACGUAGCCGUGGGCCGCUCCAAGGUCAGGCUCUACGUGGACUGCCGGAAGGUGGCUGAGAAGCCCACAGGGGAGGCCGGCAGCCUGCCCACCGCCGGCUUCGUCACGCUGGGGAGACUGGCCAAGGCCCGGGGCCCCCGGAGCAGCUCAGCCUCGUUCCAGCUCCAGAUGCUACAGAUUGUGUGCAGUGACUCCUGGGCAGAGGAGGACAGGUGCUGCGAGCUCCCGGCUUCGAAGGAUGGAGAGACCUGCCCUGCCUUCCCUUCUGUCUGUGCAUGUUCCUCGCAGACCCCUGGGCCCCCGGGCCCCCAAGGACCUCCUGGCCACCCCGGGAGGGUCGGAGCCCCAGGAGAGCAGGGCUUCCCAGGGCCCAGGGGUCCACCAGGGGUCAAAGGAGAGAAGGGAGACCAUGGACGCCCCGGCUUUCAGGGCCACCCCGGCCUCCAGGGCACCCCUGGGAAGGUUGGCGUCCAGGGACCAAAGGGAAUGAGAGGCCUGGAGGGGACUGCUGGCCUGCCCGGACCCCCUGGCCCUAGGGGCUUCCAGGGCACGGCGGGGGCCAGAGGCAGCAGCGGGGAGCGAGGACCCCCGGGGGCUGUGGGGCCCACGGGGCUGCCGGGGCCCAAGGGGGAGCGAGGACAGAAGGGCGAGCCACAGUCCUUGGCCACCAUCUACCAGCUCGUGGGCCAGGCCUGCGAGUCUGCCAUCCAGACGCACGGCGAGCCACAGUCCUUGGCCACCAUCUACCAGCUCGUGGGCCAGGCCUGCGAGUCUGCCAUCCAGACGCACGUGCUGAAGCUCCACGAGAGCACCCGGCCCCCCCCGGCCCAUCUUGGAGGCCCCCGGGGCCUUCGGCACGCGCAGCGAGGCCCGGCUCCCUGGAGGGGGGGGCACGGUGGCCCCCGCCCUGAGGACAGAGGUCAGCAUAGGACCCUCAAGAAAGGAAAGCACUGCCACCUGCACCCCUUGGGCCGGCACACCCCUCCUUCCCCUUGGCUGAGCCUGGAGCCCUCAGUCCGACAGGCAGCCCUGGGCCGCAUGGGGGAGCGGUGGGGGGGUGCCAGCAGCGGGGAAGGUCGUGCAGGCCUCCCCCUCCCUCCGACCAGCCUGGACGCCACGGUCUGUGCAGCGACCGCUCCCCCCGGCUCCCCGUCCACCUGGGAAGCUCGCCAGGCAGCCGUGGGCCCUGGGCCCAAGCAGUUCCCUGAACACCAGGAAGAACUGGGGGCGGGGCCGGUGAAGGCUCUGAGAAAAGAGCAUCUGCAGCUGGGCACCCCCCAGGGCUCCCCACAGCUGCCCCAUAUCUGGCGCUGGAUCCGCUUACGUAGGAGGAUUGAGGCGCUGACAUCUGAGAUCUGCGUCCUGGCUGCGUCCUCGGGGGCCUGGCCCUUUCCCCCUCCGCCGCCAGGUCCUGGGUCCUGGUGA